CCGGAUAUCCGGAUAUUAUGGCUCCGAUUACAGCACCCCGCCAUGCAUAAGUACGACAGCCAUUGAUAAAUCAGCUUGAAUCCACCCAUCAACAUCAAUCAACAAUCAAAAUGACCCUAACAGUCCACCACCUCAAGCGCUCCCAAUCCGAGCGCAUCAUCUGGCUCUGCGAAGAACUCAACAUCCCAUACGAGCUGAAAGUCUACGCCCGCGAACCGACCCUUUCAGCCCCAGAGCCAUACCGCAACAUCCACUGGUCCGGCACCGCCCCCGUCAUCCAAGAUGGCGAACUCGCCCUCGCCGAAUCCGGCGCUAUCGUGGAAUACAUCCUCUCCAAGUACGGCAAUGGGAAGCUGGUGAUCAAACCCGAUCAACCCAACUACGCAGACUACCUCUUCUGGUUCCACCACGCGAAUGGCAGCGUCCAGCCCACCAUCACCACGAUGGUGUUUGCGGAGUUUGCGAAAAUCUCCCCCGACGAUCCAGGACAGCUUAUCAUGCGCAAUCGAUUCCAGAUCGGCUUGAGCGGGAUGGAUAAGCGGCUAGGCGAGUUUGAGUAUCUCGCUGGGAAUGAGCUGACCGGGGCGGAUAUCAUGAUGGUUUUCUCGCUGACUACGAUGCGGUUGUUUUUGCCGUAUAGUUUGGAGGAGUUUCCGAAUAUCAUGGCUUAUUUGGACCGGGUUGGGAAGAGGGAAGCGUAUCAAAGGGCAAUGAAGAAGGGCGAUCCGGAUUUGAGGCCGGUUCUUGAUGGGAUUCCCCAGGAUACGUUCUUCUGAUUGAUCUGUAUAUACAGUUGACCAUCAUCAUGCUGAUGUAGCGAUAUGAUUAAAAGCUCCCCCAAUAAUGCAAAUCAUAAUCAACACCACCAGCCCUCCACAACGGCGCAGGAG